AUGGGUUAUUAUGCUAGUGGCGAUACACGAAAAAUGAUACAAACUUCUGAAGAUGAUGAAGGUUAUGAAAAUCAAUCAUCUUGUACUACAAUAUCUGUUGAAGUAUUAAAUCAAUUAAAUUUCACAAAUAAGCAAUACUUUACAUUUGGAAACCCUCGAGAUAUUUCACCGGCACUAGUACCACCAAUAUCCGAUGACACUGAUCAACCUUUUUGGGCUGAAGAUGAAUUAAGUAGUUCAGAAUCAAAACAGCAAUUAAAUAAUAAACGGAAACGUCGGCGUAGUUUGUCUUAUCGUAAUCGCAUUGCGGUACACAGAAGUCGUUCUUUACUUAUUCGAUCAUCAAGUUCCAGUUUAGAUUCACUAUCUGAAAAAAUUUCGUCUAGAGGAACAAUUUUCAAAUCGAUUUAAUAUAGAACAACCUGGUCAUAUAAGAUAUAAAAAUUUUAAUCAAAAACAAACGCAAAAACAUCAUCCAUUCCUAACGAAUAAAA